AGAUGGCCGCCGAGGGGACGCGCUCCUAGGGCUGGGAUGAGGCGCCUCCGGCGUUCCGCUCCCAAUCUGCUUCGGCAGACCCGGAGGAGGCGAAGCUGAUGUCAGGAGCCGCCGGAGGGGGUUGGCGGCGGCGGCAGCGCCGGAGCUGGAGCGACUGCGGGCGGAGCGGAGAGGCAGAAGCGAGGGAGGGCGCGUGAGAAGAGCGAGUCGAGCCUGGGCUGGCCAUCGCCGCCCCUCCUUUGCCCGCCCGCCCGCCCGCCCGGGUCCUGACGGGGUCGCCUUCGCUGCAGUGGGAGGCGGGCUGGGGGUGGGGGGCGCGGGUGCUGCUGCUGCUCCUCCUCCUCCUGCUGGAGCUGUCGGAGUGAGCGGCUGUGGCCAGGCGCUUUCCCACCGCCGCGAUGCGGGCGAUCAUAGCCCUGGCGGCUCUGCUCAGCAGCCUGCUCCUCUUCCUGUGCCUCGCGUGGCUUUCCGGCGAGGGCUCUGGCAGUGCCAGGAGUUGGGAGAAGAAGGAGGGCAGAGCGUCGACGGAUGGCACCCCCCGAGUGCUGAGAUCUCUCCGAUUGCCUUCGGCAUCUGCCCAGCUUGCUCCUCAGCUGGUCACCAACAGAAUGGCUCCCAAUCAAACUGGAAUUCAGAAGUCUGAGCAAGCCUCAAAAUGCAAAGAGAUGUGGAACAACAACUGGUCUUCAUCUAUCAAGAAGAAAAGAUAUUCUGAAGACUAUUAUCUGCAGAUAGUUGGGAAACUACAGAAUUGUACAUGGAAGAAGAGGCCACAAGAGUAUGCCAGAUUCAGGUCAGAGCUUGCCUCCUGCUGUGAUGCUGUUCACAACUUUAUAGCUUCUCAAAACAAUACCCCACUAGGAAGCAACAUGAGUUACGAAGUGGACAAUAAAAAAAACAUCCACAUCACAGAGGAAAUAUUCAGGAUGCUGCCACAGUUGCAGCCCCUGGAUUAUCCCUUUAAGCACUGUGCAGUGGUUGGAAAUGGGGGGAUCCUCAAGAAUUCUAGCUGUGGAGCAGAAAUUGAUAAAUCUGACUUUGUAUUUAGGUGUAACCUUCCUCCCACCAUGGAAAGUGUCAGCGAAGAUGUUGGCAAUAAGACAAACCUUGUGACCGUCAACCCAAGCAUUAUAGCACAGAAGUAUAACAAACUGAAUGAAAAGAAAAUCUUCCUGGAAAACAUUGCAAGCUAUGGUGAAGCUUUCCUUUUGCUACCAGCCUUUUCCUUCCGGAGCAAUACUGCCGCUUCUUUCAAAGUGCACCAAACUCUGAGAGAGUUCAGUGCAAAGCAAAAGGCCCUAUUUUUCUAUCCGAGAUAUCUCAGAAACCUUGCCCAGUUCUGGAGGACUAAAGGCGUCAAAGCCUACCGGUUGUCUUCAGGCUUUAUGAUCACCAGCGCUGCUAUGGAACUGUGUGAGAAUGUGAAGCUGUAUGGCUUCUGGCCUUUCUCGAAAAGCAUAGCGGGGAUGCCAAUCAGCCACCACUAUUAUGACAACCAACUGCCUAAGCCUGGCUUCCAUGCAAUGCCCAAAGAGUAUAAUCAGAUUCUUCAGCUCCAUGGAAGAGGCAUCCUCAAGCUGCAGUUUGGCAAAUGUCUAAGUGACUAGCCCAAGGUUCAAAGUAAUGAUUGCUAAGAAGAGAAUUUGUAUGCACCACUGCAGUUUGAUGUUGGAUUUGAUCAAAUGUCAACUUGUGAGCAUUAAAUUGUGCUACUCUAAUUCAGAAGUAUUUUGCACUUGAGGAUGGCACUCUUUUUAUUUUUAAUCUAGUGACAUGUGUGAUUGUAGAUUCUUGUAAUCUGCCUUUUCUUAUAUAAAGACAAAAUGUACAAAACCCAGAAUAUUCUCAGGAUGAUAGCUGUACGUUUCAUGUGUAAGGGUAUUUAUUGCUUUGUUAAUGCUAUCCAAGAUGGUAGAAAGCUGUCUGUUUUAGUAUUUUGGUACUAUAUGACUGCACCAUUUUUCUGAUCUGCAAACAUGGUUAUAUCUUCCGCUUGUGGUUUGAAGCAGUGUUUACCACCUUGUUUACUGUUGUAUCCAAAAGUCUGUGUUCUGAAUCUCUUAUAUUUUGUCAUAAGGAUUUCUUUAAACACGGAGAAAGAGUUUGGAUACCUGCCCAAGCAUUUCUGGUAUUGAGGGCAAACAAGCCAUGAUGGGGCAGCCAUGUCUAUUUUAUCCUUUAUCCUCACUUGCCACGUCAGAGUCAGGUUAAAGCAAAAAAUGGCUUUUUAAAAUGGGUAUAUAUGUUAGGGCUGGGCCAGGGGCAGAACUCUGAGGUGAGCCAGGAACCAAGCACUGUGGGACAAGCCAAUAGGACUGAAGAGUAAGUCCAAACCAGAAAGUAGGAUCAAGGAGUGAGUCAGAAGUCAGGACCGAAGAACAACCAAAGGACACAGGGACAUGCUAGAGCUCAGGAAGACCUUGUUGAUCAAGCAAAGGUUAAUUGGAAAAAAGAUGUUGUCUUAUAUACUUUUUUGCCCAGGAGGAUCCAAUCAGGGCUGGUUCUAAAGGGCGGCCAGGUGCGACACUGGCCCGAGGGCCCCUGGAGUUACAGGACCUUCACUCACCUUCCGUGAUGCAUGGCAGCAGCCGCGGAUCGCAGAGCAGGAGCUUCCACCUGCCCGCCAUUCCCUCGCCUCACCUACCUGUCUCCUGUCUUUUAGCAUUGCCCUUAAUGAAGAUGGCGGCCAAGGUUUCCCUAAGGUGGUGAAGCCCCUGCCGCCAUCUUGGUUGAUGGAAGAGAUGCGUGCAUAGGACGCACGCGUGCUAUCAACCAAGAUGGCGGCGGAGGCUUCAUCCCCUUAGGGAAACUGUGGCCGCCAUCUUGGUUAACAGCAAUGCUAAAAGACAGGUGACAGAUAGGUGGGGGGCAUGAGGGGCACGCACACACACGCACACACCAGGGCUCGGGGAAAGCUGAUGCCCAAGGGCCCCGGCAGGCCGGGGGCCAGCCCUAGAUCCAAUAACUAGCUUGGGUAAAUGGAGCCAGCCCUAGGCCUGAGGGCACAGAUGUGGGUGGAAUCAAUCUAGGACCUCAGGGUACAUCACCGAGAAGCUGUCACUGCAGUUCAGUUUCUUACCACAUAGGGCAGCUAUCCACAAUUCCUAGCAGCUCCUGACAAUAUGUGACUACAGUUCUCUACCACAAAUGUACUACAAAGGGUCCUAAGUCACAGUGAUAGAAGUUGCAGCGGUUUCAGGCUCCAUCUUGUAGUCCUGUGAAUCAGGGUAUUUUUUUUAAAAAAAAUGUAGAUAUAUAUCUAAUUGAUGCAUGUUUUAUAGAAGAGCUUCACAUCAGGCUCCUAGGUUAAAAUCCCUAAUGUUCAUUUCAUCAGAAUACCUAUUGAAAUUAAAUGAUUAAAAAGCCUUGCUUAAAUUUUCUUCUGUUAACGUGAGGCAAGAGAAAGGAAGUUACAUAAUGUUAUCUAAUAAAAACCUUGAUAUGUCCCAGGGCAACACUUACAGACCAUUUCUGGAGUUCUGUUAUCUAGAAGGAACAUGGCCUCUGAAAUAACUCUGUGGAUUCGCUUUUCUCUAGAAAAGAAAGACAGAGGAGGACUCUUUCUUGCAUUAAAAAGGGCACUGUAAUCCCAGGGGUGGAGAUAAUUUAUAUGCUGGACUUAAUUUUGGCCAGUAAAUGGAAUGCAGCCUACCCCAGCUGGGGCUCAUAGGAGUUGUGAUCCAAAACAGCGGGAGGGCACCAGCGAUGGAUGCCAUAUAUUGAGGUAAGGGUUACAUUCAGGGGUGUUUAUUGUACUAAUUACUACUCACAACCUCUGACCUCCUACAAUUGUCAUUGUAUUGAACACAAAAUCCUGAAUUUUCAUGAUUUUAUAGAUAGGCUCUGCAACUGUAUUCUCCCCUCAUCCCCAGAAAAAAAAAGUUCAGUGUCUUACCACUCUGCAUUUGAUGCUUUAAAAUAAAGCUGUGAUAUUGUUGUCUAUUUGUUGCUAAGCAUUUGACGGUCUUCAUGUAUGGAUAACUUCUCUUUCUGUGUGAUGUAUAGGGAGGAGUUUGUUACCACUCUUCUGUUUUUUAAUUUGAUUGUACUUUCGAGAUCAAGUUUUCUCAUCAGCCAGAUGAUGUCAAUGAUGCUUUGUACUGAUGAAGUGCCAAAGUGCCAAAGACUGUUUGCUUUCAUGGUCAUGAUGUAUGCAUUGGAUGUUGCACUCAUUGGAUGUUGCACUAACUAGAUGUGAAGUGGAAUAUUUUUGCAAAUUUUAUUUGGAAAUUAAAACGACGACAACA